UCCCCCCUGUUCCCCUUUCCCGCCAGUUGACCUGCUGCCCCUCUUGGUUUCUUCAUUGCCAGCAUGGCGCUUCGCUCUUUUCUGCUCCUGACCCUCGUCCUCGCGCUGGCCGUCGCCGCGAGCCCCGUCCGCGUCCGCAACAACCGCAUCACGCUCCCAUGGCCAGGCGCACUGGCCAAUUGGGCAUCCGUAACGUUCUCAAGGCCGACCGGACUCGUGCCGCGCUCCUCCAGGGAGGGCGCAAGGCUCUUCGCAACGCGAAGAAGCACCAUAAAGGUAACGGCAAUGCUGCCGGCGCGGGCGCGGCGAAUGCCACAGCGACUGCGAAUGCCACAGCGACUGCGGCGGCAGCGGCAGCUUCUGGCAGCCAGGCCAGCGACGUUAACGUCGCUGCGACAAACCAGGGAGAGGACUAUGUCGUCAGCGUCGGUGUUGGUAACCCUCCGACAACAUACACUCUUUUGGUCGACACCGGUUCCUCCAACACCUGGGUCGGUGCCAGCCAAGCCUAUGUGCAAACCUCAACGUCCAAGUCAACGGGCCAACAAGUCGAAGUUAGCUAUGGAUCCGGUGCAUUCGAGGGCGAAGAGUUCACGGACAAUGUCCAGCUCGGCGACCUCGCGAUCACCGGGCAGUCCAUCGGCGUGGCCCAGCAGGCUGAAGGGUUUGAGGGCAUCGACGGUAUCAUGGGGAUCGGACCUACCGACUUGACCGUCGGCACAGUCGGCGGCCAGAACUCACAGACCCAAGUCCCUACAGUGACCGACAACCUCUUCUCGCAGGGUGUCAUCGGCCAGAACCUCGUCUCCGUCUUCUUCGCCCCGCCUGCCUCAGCUAACGACACCAACGGCGAGCUCACCUUCGGCAGCGUCGACAGCUCCAAGACCGUCGGCGAUGUCGCCUUCGUUCCGCUGACGACGACCUCACCGGCGAGCGAGUUCUGGGGCAUCGACCAGUCAAUUACGUAUGGCUCGUCGAACACCACCAUCCUCGACACGACUGCGGGCAUCGUCGACACUGGUACCACCUUGAUCCUGAUGGCGACUGAUGCGUUCCAGGCUUACCAGCAGGCCACCGGCGCGACUCAGGACCAGACCACGGGCCUGUUGACGCUCUCCAACGCGGCCUUCAACAGCCUCCAGAGCAUGUUCUUCAACAUUGGCGGCCAAUCCUACGAGCUUACAGCUAACGCUCAGAUCUGGCCUCGCUCGCUCAAUUCAGUGAUCGGCGGCAACGCCGACCAGAUCUACAUGGUUGUGAGCGACAUCGGCACGCAGUCCGGCGCGGGCCUCGACUUCAUCAACGGCUUCAGCUUCCUCGAGCGGUACCUCUCCGUGUACGACACUGCGAACAACCAGGUCGGCUUCGCCGCGACGCAGUUCACGAACGCGACGUCAAACUGAGCUGUGCGGUGAUGUUGGUUGGGACGAACGGUGUUGGACGGGCUUUGGGUCAUGAUGCGAACCCUGGGGGUUCUUCUCACUUUUCUUAC